CCUCGCUCGUCCUCCGACUCUCGUUCCAUGACGGAGAUCCGCCGCCGAGUGCAGGAACAGCUCUCCUCCAUGGCCACGGAUAUGGAAGCGAACGCCUCCCAACUGGGACUAACAGCGCCUGCAUCCUCAUCACCACUCACAACACCACAACCACCAGCGCCAUCGCCGCCACCAUCGCCAUCAUCAGCACAAUCAUCCUCUUCAGCGCCCAACGCCGCCGCCGCCGCCCUCCCCUCCCUUUGGGCGCGUCUCUCCGACCGCCUCUCCCAAGCCUUCCGCGCCCUCCUCUCCCCUCCACCCUCCCGCGCCUCCCGCUCGUCCAACGCGCUCCCGUCGUCUCGAGCCUCCCCUUCCGCCUCUUCCCCCUCCGCCACUUCCUCUUCCGCCACUUCCCCUUCCGCCACUUCCCCCUCCGUCGCUUCCGCUUCCGCCACAGCCCCUUCCGCCUCUGCCAAAUCCCCCCUUCGAAGGAGAAAGCGGGUGUGGGGGAAGCGGAGGAGACGGGCGGCGAGGGAAGGGGGAGCAGUCUGGCGCGGCUGGUGGGGGAGGUGCGCGCCAAGGGGUCGCUGCUAGAGGCGGCGGACGAGGCGCUGGAGGAGGAGAGCCGCCGGCUGCAGAGCAAGGUGAGAACGGGUAUUGGGGCGUUAGUGGUGGCAAUGGGGGCUGCGGUGAUAAACCCUCACUGUCCCUCUUCCCCCAUCGCCCUCCUUUUUUACCCUCCUUCCGCGCCCCUCCUUCCGCGCCCCUCCUUCCGUCCUCCCACCCAUCAGGCGGACGAGCUGGCAGCUUCCAUCCGCGGGCGCCUCUCGGUGGACGACGUGCAAGCAGUAGUCAGCAGCAGUGGGGAACGUGCAGGCGGAGCUGGUGCGGUUGUGGCCAAACCUUCUCACUCUCUCACUACCCUUUUCCUCCCUCCCUCUUUCCCUCCAUCCCGCACGCCCUCUCUCCCUGUCCCUCGUUCCCUCGCUCUCCCUCUCUCCCUCUUCCGCCCUCGCGUCACACAGGCGGACGAGCUGGCAGCGUCAAUCCGCGGGCGCCUCUCGGUAGACGAUGUGCAAGCAGUGGUGGGCGCGGCGGUGGGCAACCCCUCAAUGCCCCUCAUUUCUUCCGCAACCCCCUCCCCUUCCGCACCCCCCACUCCCCAGGCGGACGAGCUGGCGGCGUCAAUCCGCGGGCGGCUCUCAGUGGACGAUGUGCAAGCAGUGGUGGGCGCGGCGGUGGGCAACGUGCAGGCGGAGCUGGUGCGCGCGCGCAGGCGUCUCACCCCAUCACUCCCUCACUCACUUCCCACCUCCCCUCUCCCUCACUCCCUCUCCCCCUCUGUUCCUCCCUCACAACCCCCUCAGGCUGACGAGCUAGCAGCGUCCAUCCGCGGGCGGUUAUCAGUAGAUGACGUGCAAGCGGUUGUUGGUGCAGCGGUGGGGAACGUGCAGGCGGAGCUGGUGCGCGCGCGGCGGCGCACGAAGCAGCUGCUGGCGCAGCUGGAGAUUAAGGACACGGAGCUGCGCGUGCGGCGCGAGGAGUGGGAGAAGGAGCGCGCCGCCAUGGUUGCCACGCUCGACGCGCUCGUUAGGAAAGGCACGCUCGGGGGAGCGGGAGCAGGGCGGAACGACGGGGGGGAAACGGGGGGAACCGGGGGAGCAGGGGGAGCAGGGGGAGCAGGGGGAGUAGCCGGGGCAGCAGCAGAAGUGGUAGGGGACGCGGGGGAAGGAGGACGAGGGGUGGGAGAUGGCAUGAGUUUUGUGGGCGGCGCUGCCUCGUUGGCGGCGCCUGUGGAGGCGAUGACACGUGGCAUGAGCCUGACGGACGCGAUGAUGCGGAUCUUAUCCCUAGAGGCGGCUGUAGCGCGCGCGGAGGAGGCGGAGCAGGCCACCUCCGUGCGGCUAGAGCGCGUUGCUGACGUGUUAGGGCGGGAAAUCGCGAAGCUGAGAAAGGAUAAGAAGUCCAUAGAGAUCCGGGCACAGAUGCUGACGUGUCGUCUUGAGAUGAUGCAGCAGAAGCUGGAGGGGCUCCUGGGCGGGCUGAUGGAGAUCAGAGGCGCGCUGAUUGGUGGAAAGGUGGAGCUGGGGGUUCAGCUAUUGGAGGAGCUUGUGUUUGAUGUGGAGACGUGGACUAGGCAGGGGAGGAAGCUUAUGGAAAAGGAGAUUGCUGGGUGGGAGGGCGGGAAAGGGGCGGGGGUAAGAGGGGAAAGAGACGGGAAGGCGGGGCAGGCGGGGAGGAAGGAGGAGGGCGGGGAGAAGGGGGAGGGAGAGGGUGGUAGAGGGAGUGUGAGGGCUGGGUGGUGGAAGGAGGGUCCGCCGGGGGAGUGGAGUGUGUAUGAGGAGAGAGAGGAUGGGCGGUUGGUGGAGCUUGGGGAGGAGAGGAGGGAGCAGGAAGAGAGGAGGAAGAAGGAGGAGGAGGAGAGGAAGAGAGAGGAGGAGAGGAAGAGGGAGGAGGAGAGGAGGAAGGUUGAGGAGGAGGAGGAGAAGGCUAGGGAGGCGGAGGAGAGGGAGAGGCGGAGAUUGCUGGAGGGGGAGAGGGAGAAGGAGGGGUUAGUAGAAGAGGAGGAUGGAGAGGAGGAGAGUGAGAGUGAGAAGGAAGGACGGCUAAUCGAGGUCCCUGUUCCACAGGGUGAUGAUGUGGACCAAUCAGAAGAGAAGGCUGACGUGGGCCAAUCACGAGAAGAUGCUGACGUGCAGAUUGGUGGCGGUGAAGCAGGCGAGGAGGGGGCAGGUGGGGUGGAGGAGAGGAGCGGAGAGGAGGGGAGUGGAGAGGAGGGGAGUGGGAGGGUGCGGGUGAGUGAGCCUGAGCAUGGGCAACCAGGUGGGGGGGAGGAGGGGAUGCAAGAGAGAAGAGAGAAGUGGGGAGAGGCGAGAGGGGGGUACGGACGAGGAGGCUGGGAGGAGCAGGAGAGGGGGGUUGAGGAGGAGGAGAACGAGAGGGACGUAGAGGAGGAGAGGGAGAAGGAAAAGAGGGGAGCAGAGGAGCAUGGAGAGAAGGUAGAUGGUGAGGAAGGGAGGGAGACAGUAGAAGAGGCGAAUGCAGUGGGAGUAGAGGGCAGUGAUUUGGCAGAGGAGGGUGGGGCAGUGGUUGAGGAGAAGCAAGUAGAGCAGGAGCAUGGAGAGCAGGAGCAUGGAGAGCAGGAGCAUGGAGAGCAGGAGAGCAGCGGGCCAGAAGAGGUGCACGAGAGUACCGUAAGGGAAGAUCCCGACUCUCCGUCUUUGCCAUCUUCUGAGGGGGCUUCAAAGGAAGAACAGGAGGCACAAGGAGAGGAAUUCAAAGGGCAGGAGGGACAAGGGGAGCAAGCGGACGGGGCGGCGGAGGAGAAGGAACGGGCGGCGGAGGAGAAGGAGUGGGUGGCGGAGGAGGAGGAGCGGGCGGCGGGAGUGACGCUGUACUACGAGACGGGGUGGCAGGACGUUUUUGUGCACUUCAGUGCGGACGGCGCCGGUUGGACUGAUGUGCCGGGGUCGAGAAUGUCAGAUUCGCCUCUCAUUGGCUCGAAUGGACUGCCCCUCAAGGUGAUCACACUUCCAGUGACUGCAAUGGAAUUUGUCACCAACAACGGAGGCUCGGACUGGGACAGAAAAGCAGGCCUCCCGAGCGCUAUGGUUGACGUCAAGGCCGCUUUUACAACCUCGACUGGGUGGACAUCCGCGCAACCAUCUAGACCUUUCAUCGACAUGAUUCACGGCGUUUCUGCCGUCGAUAUCCGCCACGUGUUCAAUCUUAUGGACCGGGACCGCGACGGGCGAAUCUCAACCGUUGAGUUGGCCUCAGUUCUUGCGAGCCUGGGCGAAACACGACCGGAUGACAUGGCGCGAAGGAUGAUGGCACAAGCAGACACUGACGGUGACGGAUUCGUUGACUUUAACGAGUUUCUCGCCGUGAACAAAGCUUGUGUUGGCGUUACUUAUGGUCGCGUUGCCGCAGGCUCACGGAUUAGCAGCGGGAGGAGCGGCAGCACGGGCAGUCGCGGAAGCAGCAUGGAAGAAUUGGAAAUUCCUCGAUACGGAAACGAGGCUGGGGCUGGCGAGAUUUGCUUGGCUUCGGCUGGCGACGCUGACAUGGCGGUCGUGGAUUCGCCCGAUUCUGACUCCGCGUCUAUGGACGAUCUCCUCGCGGCGUUUCGUUCGUUCGACAAAAACGGCGACGGUUACAUCACGCCUGACGAACUUCGCGAGAUGCUUUUGCGAAUUGGUGCUGGCGAAGAGAACGACGACGGAGACGUUUCAUUGGCGGAAUGCGAGAGGAUGAUUCGCAGGGUUGACGCGGACGGGGAUGGCCGACUCUCCAAUCAGCCCGCCAAUCUCGGCCCGCUUCCGGCGGUCAAGGCGCAAAACGCCUUCCGCGCAGGGCAAACCGUCGUUCCGGCAGCGUUAAGCACGCAAGUGGGAAACCUUGCUGGUAUGGCCCUGCCUCGCAAACCGCCUGCUGGUUCGUCCUCGCCGAACAACCCAGCCCUAACGAACAUCCUCAAGACUGCUGCGAAGAACAUGGUGAAUGGGGUUACCCAGGGCAACGUUACCGAUAUCCUUAGCGGGGUGGUGCAAGCUGGAGACGACGGAUUCUCAUAUGCGCAGGGGUUUUCCAUGGGGAGCUAUUACGGCUCGUUCGCCACGUUUUACGGCGAGCCCGACGGGUCGGGAACCAUGGGCGGCGCGUGCGGGUACGGCAACAUGUUCCAAACGGGGUACGGAUUAAUGACGGCCGCCGCGUCUUACGCUCUUUUCGACAACGGCAACGCGUGCGGCGCGUGUUUCGAAGUCAAGUGUCUGGGUUCCCCGGCAGUCCCGGGCAAGAACGUGUGUUCCGGAAAAACGGUAACGGUUACCAUCACGAACAGCUGUCCGCCCGGCGGUAACGGCGUGUGUAACCCGCCGAAGCAUCACCUGGACAUGUCGGAAGCUGCGUGGGGGGUGCUGUCGAGCGUGCGCGGCGCGGGGAUUCUGCAGACGCAGAUGCGGCGCGUGCCGUGCAAGAAGAACGGCGGCGUCGCGUUUAUGCUCACGGGCAACCCGUACUACCUGCAAGUGCUCGUGUUUAACGUUGCCGGCCCGGGGAAUAUCAACAAGCUGGAAGUCAGCGACGGAACCACGUGGGACGUUAUGGAUCACAAUUGGGGCGCUUCGUACUCCAAGAGCAAAAAGUACGGCGGCAAGGAGCUGUCGUUCCGGCUGACGGCCGUCAGCGGCGAUGUCCUGACCGUCAACCGCGCUGUACCGUCCAACUGGUAUAUUGGCGCGGCGUAUAUGUCGAGAGUGAACUUUGGCGGCGGCGGCGGCGGAGGAGGAGGUGGCGGUUCGAAUGGCGGUUCCAGCGGCGGUUCCAACGGUAAUUCCAACGAAAGGUGGCUGACGCAGCUCCAGACAAUCGAGUCGUCCCUCACCACGGCCUUACAACGGACCAGGAAGAAGACAAACUGCAGCCAGAUUCUAGCGAAAUCCAUUUUCCAGGUGCACAAAGCUCGGCCGUUGAUCGCGGAAGGCGAGCUCAAUCGUGCGGCCAGGAAGCUCAAAUACACGUCCGAUGGGCUAGGCGCGUGCCUGUCGACACCCAGCAUCGACGCGAAAAGCAGCAGCGCAAGGCAGCUGACCCGAAACGCCAUGCAAUGGGCGACGGAAAUUGUCCUGCAAAUGCGCAACCGGGCCGACGGCGGAAACGGCGGCGGCGGAGGCGGAGGUGGUCAGGGGCGCAAGCCAACGAGCGAGUCGCCUGGGGAUGAUAGCGGGGCGCCAGGGAAGUCGACGCCGGGAGUCUUGGGUUCUCCGGUUCAGCCGCUCGCGAUCGACUACUGCGAAACGUUUGCGAAGGUGGCGGGUAACGCUGCGACGAUCGUUGUGGAUACCACCACUGGCUGCCGCGGCAGUCGCGUGAGGUCGACGGUUCAAUACCCGUCUGGCAUCUUCAGCGCGCAGAUAAAAUGCCCCGCGGGCGACAUGAACGGCCUCGUGCAGUCCUUUUAUCUAUCCUCGUUAGAAGGCAGCAAAGAUCAAGACGAGAUAGACUUUGAAUUUCUGGGCCGCGAUAAAACGAGUGUGCAGACGAACUACUACGUGAAUGGCGUGGGGGGUCACGAGGCGCUCAUUCCGCUCGGCUAUGACUGCUCCUCGGGAUUCCACGAAUACGUCAUUUACUGGAACGAUCGGCAAAUAGUCUGGCAAAUUGAUGGGCAAGUCAAGCGGGUGGUUCAGCAGAGCAAGCUGAACGGAGGGCCCUACCCCACCAAGCCUGUGUUCCUGUACUCCUCUGUGUGGGACGCCUCUAGUGUUCUUGGUGGGACGUGGGCUGGCACUUUCAACGGCAGAGAUGUGCCUUAUAACGCGCAAUAUAAGAGCUUCCUCGUUACAUCCCCCGCUCCGUAA